CAAAUGGCAGACGGACGCAAAAAUAAUUGUUGAUGAAAAACUAACGACAUAUACGACUGGGAAUAUAUUAAAAUUGUAAUCGUGAGAUGAGCGAUUAAUAAACGUACAUACGUAAUUGGAAGAAAAAUGCAUAUUGUCCGUUAUUUUCGCGUCCAUUCGCAAUUCAUUUAAUACUUCUUACGUAAGUGCAUAUUAUCAAUCAUUUAGACGGUACGUGUAAUAAUUAAAUGAUAAUUAAAGAGUAACAGCAAUAAUGACGUUAAUAUAUUCUAGGCUUCAUCAAUUGCUACAAGUUGAACAAGAGAAAACGAAAAACGUAAAGUGACGAAAUAUAACAGAUUCAUAUGAAAUGUGAAAUAUAAAAUUUAGAAUAUUUACAAAUUGAUAAAAUAGUUUUAAAGUUGGUUUUCAUUAAUUUUUUAAAAUGGACAUUGGAGAAAAAGACUUGAGACGAGAAAUUAAAGGACUGCUGUUUUAUUUAUAAUUUUAGAUAUGAAAAAUAUAAUGAAAAUUUUGAAGUCAUAUAUGUAAACGUAUUUUUAGGAAAAAAUCAAUUAUACAUAAAUUAGAUUUGACUGCAACGAGCGAAAUAUAAGUAGACAAGUAAAUUUCAUCAUCAAUUCCUAAAGUCGAUACCUCGGCAUCGCAACAAUUAACGAUUCCACUCGAUUUGUUCCUCAGUAUCCACCAGGGCGCAGACGAGCGUCCUGCAAUCAAGUUAUGGGAGAAAAUGAAAGAAUAAGUCCAUCGGACUUGCCGGGGAUCGUCCAUUGAUCGAGUUGCAUCAUCCCUGCACGUAUGUGUGGCACGCGUUUCGCGGGCAAAUCGACGGAUCAAUAUCUCACCCCCACACAGACUCGAGCUGAGCGGCGUCGCUGAGGGGAGGGGGAGAGAGAGAGAGAGAGAGAGAGAGAGCGAGCGUGUGCGGCCGCCAAAGUUUCAAGAACGCUCCGUUCCGUGAUUUCAUUGUCGUCUCGUCGAUCGGCUAGAGUGCUCCUGCUGGUGAUCCCGCUGGUGAUUCCACUGAUCGCUGUCGAGCGGUCCUCCAGCUACCCCCCAGAGCGAGUUCGUUCCUUGCCGGAUGAGCCCGCGUGACCAGCAACGUUUCGCCAGCAACGUGCCGAAGGACACGACGCGCGCUGGUCAGCACGGAAAAUGAUUCGGAGCGUGAUGUGGGGAAUACAGCGAGCGGCGUAUUUCCACACGAGGAAAACGCUGACAGAGGCGCAUCAGCAAGACACGAAGAUCGUGCGUCACAAUCUUGAUCCGAGGAAGAGCACAUCGAUAUCGUUGCGAGGAUAGUCAGCCAGUGAUCUUCCUCGUUUCUUCGAGUAUAUUAUAUUGAUUCUCGACACAGUUGUGCGUCGAUCACGUACGAUCACAUGUGAUGUUAAAUAACGAUCAUGAUGUUAGAUAAAUCAGGUGCUGCGCCAAAACACUACCUCUGCUACAUGUACAAAACUACUGAAGAAUUGAUCGUAUUAGGGCUACAAUGAAAAGAUAUAGAUACAUUAUUAUAUUAUAAAAGAAUUAUAUAUAUAUAUAUAUAUAUAUAUACACAUAUAUAUUCUAUAUAUACAUUCAUCCAAGUAUAUAUAGAAAGGAUAUAUUCUGAUGAAUAAGCGUUUACACACAUUAUUGAUAUAACGUUCUGUAUCAGAAAAAGACUCUUCCUUGCUACGAGGUUCUUAGAAGUCGAUCGACAUUAUUUGUUAUGGAAGCGACGGCGUUCUUUAGAAAGAAAAACACGAGAGAGGACGAUAAUUUAUGCCUAUCAAUUUUCUGACGGAUGCGCACGUGUAGCAAAAGGAUAAUCGCCUAGAGGCGCAUACACGCAACAAGACGCACGCAUCGAAAGCUCAAGCAGAAUAGAUUUAAGUUUAGAAGCGAGAACGAUGAGUAUACCAUACGAUGAGAGCUUAAUCUGGAUAGUGGUGGUUGGCUUUCUAGUGGCGUUCGUUCUGGCAUUCGGCAUCGGCGCCAACGAUGUCGCCAAUAGCUUCGGAACGAGCGUCGGCGCCGGGGUGCUCACGAUAUUCCAAGCCUGUGCCCUAGCGACCGUCUUCGAGAUCGCCGGUGCCGUUCUGAUUGGAUACAAGGUCUCCGACACGAUGCGAAAGGGUAUACUGGACGUCUCGUUGUACGAGGGCCACGAGAAGGAAUUGAUGCUAGGGGCGUUAUCCAGUCUAGCUGGGUCCGGUAUCUGGCUACUGUUUGCUACCGCUUUACGACUUCCAAUUUCCGGUACGCAUUCCAUUGUUGGUGCUACAGUUGGAUUUUCGCUCGUGUGCCGGGGUACCGCCGGGGUAAGAUGGAUAGCUCUCGCCAACAUAGCGGCGUCCUGGUUUGCCAGUCCCAUACUCAGUGGAAUCGUGUCCGCCAGUAUCUUUUGGCUUCUGAGAAAAUCCGUGCUUCAGUCUAACAAGCCGUUUGAACAAGGUCUCCACAUUCUCCCUGUAGUUUACGGUCUGACCGUUGCUGUCAAUAUUAUGUCAAUUGUGCUUGACGGACCUAAACUACUAAUGAUGGAUAAGAUGCCAUGGUGGGUCAGUUUGAUAGUCGCGCUCGUGGCGGGCAAAUUCGUCGCGAUGAUCGUGUACGUGUACGUAGUGCCACGGCAGAGAGCGAGAAUACUGUUAGCACCGAACGGCAGCGAGGAGAAAGCAGCGACAACGACGCACUUUAACCAAGAGAACAACGAGACGACAGCGUUGUCGGUGAUCUCGGAGGUGCCCUGCGGCAGCGGCAACGGUAACGCGAAGGCCGACCUGGCGCCCAAGUUGCGCGGCAACACCAGCGAGAGCCCGUUGCUGAUGACCGCCCAGGUCGCGGAAGCGGAGAACGUGCAGAUGAACGGGAUAGAGGACGACGAGGAGCAGCCGGAAGUAUCGAGGCUGUUCGCCUUCCUGCAAGUGCUCACUGCGACAUUUGGCAGCUUUGCGCACGGCGGUAAUGACGUCAGUAACGCGAUCGGGCCGCUGAUCGGGCUCUGGGCGGUAUACGCGGAGGGAUCUGCCCGACAGGAGGCCGAAACACCCAUCCCCAUCCUGCUCUACGGCGGCCUAGGUAUUUCCACGGGAUUGUGGGUGUGGGGACGUAGGGUGAUACGGACCCUGGGUCAGGACCUGGCGCGUAUCACUCCCAUCACCGGAUUCACCAUAGAGGUAGGUGCCGCGGUGACAGUCCUGUUGGCUAGUAAAGUUGGUCUACCUGUGUCAACGACGCAUUGCAAAGUGGGAUCGGUGGUGUGCGUGGGUUGGGCCUCGCGUGGCGGCGAGGGGGUGUCGUGGAAGCUGUUUCGCAAUAUCGCGUUCGCGUGGCUGAUUACCGUGCCGAUGGCCGGCUGCCUAUCUGCCGGUUGCAUGGCCAUUUUUCGCGAGGUUAUUAGUUUGUGAUCCUUUGCAGUCGCUUUAGACACAAAAAAACCAUCCAAAUACUGCUGUUGUCAAUAAGUUCUGAACAAAUAAAUGGUCAAACUGA